GCAGUUUUCCUUCCUUCCCUUCUUUCUUCGUUCCAUCGUUUUCUGUCUGUGUUGUGUGCCUCUGCGUGCUCCAACAGAAUCUCACACCCAGUUUUUCCAAAGGUUUCAGAAUCACGUCAACAAGUGCGGUCUUAAAAUGGAUUACGGUGCUGGUCAUGAAGCGAGUGUAUCUGGCAAUGAUGUUAAUGUUGAUGACCUGGAAGUGGAAUCGAGUAUAGCUUGCAAUCUCGGAAGUGUCUCUUCUGAUGGUGUGGUUGUUGGAGAAUUAAGACAUCUUGGCGAGGUUCUGACCCGAGUGGAACUAGAUCUAGCAUGUGCAUCUGAGAAGUUAGUUAAUUUAAAUGUUCUUAUGAUGCGUGUGGCAACCAAGGAGAGCGAGUUUGAAGCCUUUGCUUCCGAGGAAGAGCAUACAUCAGCUUAUUAUCUUGAGAAGGCUAUGGAGCUCAGUCUCUUAUUUGGAAUUGUAGACGCGGAGUUGAGUGAAUUGGAGAAACUCAUGGCUGUACUUCAAACAGAGAUCACCAGUGCCCAGGGGAUACUAUCUUCAUACACGUACUUGGGAGAAACUGUCGCGGUAAUUGAAGAAAAGCUGCGCGACUCUGAACAAUCAUUGAAGCAGUUGCAAGAUCAGGCCUAUGAAAUUAGGAUGGAAUCCUUGAAUCUCCAGAGGGCAUUUCCAUGUUUUGAUGGAGAACGAAAUUGGAAUGAUAACGAAGAAGUGGUUGGUUUAGAGGAUGACAAAGUUUCGAGCACGAAUGUAAAGAUAAAAAUGCAAUCUGUUGAACAGCAAAGACAUAUUCUGAGGAUGCUAGAGAAGGCUUUGGCAAGAGAGAUGGAUCUUGAAAAGAAACUGACCAAAUCAAAACAAAUUGAAGAAGAUCUGAAACUGAGGGUGGACUCUUCAGAGCAAGAAGCAUAUUGCAUGGAGGAGGAAGCAGCAGAUGCUUUGGGUAGGUGGUUGCAGGCAGAUAAUGCAUCCGAGGUCCUGAUGGGUAUUUCAAAAGAGCUAUUGGGUAGACUCCAGGUUCUCCAGUUUAAUUUAAAUGGUUCAGCUCAGCGAGAAGCUGAGCUGAGAUCAAAACUCGACUGUCAGGCUGAAGCCAAAGAAAACACAUUGCGGAAGCUUGAAAGCAGCAACGCAAAACUAAAUAGCUUCCUUCUAGAACAGACAGCUGGCUUAAAAGACAGCUUGAAGGAAGCUGAAGAUAAAUUAAUUAUUGCCAAUUCCGAGGCCUUUACUAUGAGGGAAAAGGUGGGUGCACUUGAGGAGCAGCAUAAUGUUGAAGUCAGUGAAUUGGAAAAUGCUAUUGCUGAUCUGAAAGAAAAUGUAUCAAAAGCUGAAGCUAGGGCCGAGAAUGCAGAAGCCAAAAGCAAAUUACUAACAGAGACUAAUACAGAACUUAAUGAAGAGCUCGGACUUCUUAAAAGCGCUGGCAGUCCCUUGGAGAUGGUGGAUUCACUUGAGAGAAAGUUACGGGAAUCUAAUACCCGGUUACAGCAUGCAGUGGCAACUGCUGAAGCUAGCCAGGAGAAACAGAAUAUGUUGUAUUCUACAAUCACUGACAUGGACAGUGUGAUUGAGGAUCUAAAGCAGAAGGUUUUAAAAGCUGAAAAUCGGGCUGACAUAACGGAAGACAAGCGUAUAAUUUUAUCAGAGUCCAAUGCAGAUCUAAAUGAGGAAAUAAGCUUUCUGAGGGGUAGAUUGGAAUGCUUGGAGGCAUCUUUACAUCAAGCCGAGGAAGUAAGAAUAGCUACUGCGGCUGAUAUUGGUCUUCGGUCUAAAGUUCUUACAAAUUUAUUGAUGGAACUUGCUUUUGAGAGAGAGCGCCUUCAUAAGCAGAUCUCUUCAUUAGCAAUGGAGAAUAAAACUUUAAAACUGAAGUUGCAAACAAACAAUUCUCGUUCUGUGGUCAUCGGAAAUGAUGACAGAGAAAAUUGUAAAGACUCGAAGCAUGAAAUGGCUACUGGUGCAAGAGAAACUAAGGAAGAAGAUGAGUUGGCUGCUAGCAAUUCUAAGCUGGAUAGGACUCAAAAAAAGGCAUCUGUUGGUGAGAGUCGUGAGACUAAAGUGGAACAUACUGAUUCUACAUCCAAGUUCGAGACUGUGAGGAGAAUAGAUGCAGGAGUGCUAAGCUUUAAGCAUUUACUCAUGGGAACAAUCAUUCUACUGGUUUCGGCUGGAGCUUAUUUCCUUCUCCAACAAGACAGCCCAUUUUGAUGUUUUGCUGCAGUAGAAAGAAAAAGGAAAAAGUAGGCUUGCAUUCUGAAUUUGUUCGGGGAGAUGUGAUGCAAGGCAUUGUACCUAAGGUACAAUUCAGAGGAGAUGCGAUGCGAUGCGUUGUACCUGAGGUAUGAUUUUGAACCGAAGUUAUAUGCUGACUGCCCUUCAGCAACCGAGGCAUAGCACGAUACUUUUUGAUAUCCGCUUUUGUAUUGUAAAAUCUCCGGUAGCGUUAAUAGUACUGCUCGUCGAAGGGGGAAAUUUUUGCUGUACUGAAUUUUCGUUGAAACUUGUUUGGUAAUUAGGUGGUAAUUACUUGUAUCAUGAAUGUAAACACAGGAAACUUCUUCAAUGGUAGUUAACUUUUUACCACUA